UCUCUCUCUCUCUCUCUCUGUUUGUCUAUCUGUGUCUGAUGCCGCAAGUCGAUCUCGAAACGUUAGUUUGCGGCGGUGACCGAAAAAUCGAAUGCAAAAGCUUAAUAGGAGAUCUACAACAACCGCAGCUGGAUAAACUAGAUCCUCUGGAGGCUCCAUCUGAUUUUCCGGUGGAAUCAUUUCAACUACGAGAAGAAGACGAACUCGAAUGGUUCGAUCGGAACGCGUUUUACUUUAACGAGCGCAAAGACUCCCAGAAGGGAAACUCUAACCCUAACUCCAUCUCCAAUCACAACCCCACCAACUCAACGUCUCAGAGAUUCUCUUUGAAUUUCACCUCCAAUACUUCAAUCAUCGGACCAAAGCCACAGAAAUCCAGUUACCUCAAUAGCAAGUCCCGGAGGCACGGUCGGCCACCUCGACCUCGGUUCUUCCCCAAAAAACCAUCUCGCAGCGGAAAAUCCAUCACAGUGACGGAACCUUCGUCACCUAAAGUGUCGUGUAUUGGGAGAGUUAGGUCCAACAGGAGCAAAAACCGCCGGUGUCCAAGUGGCCGACGUCCUACAGAGGUCAAAUCCAAACCGGAAAACAAAACUGGAUUUUGGAAUUGUCUUAAGGCGAUUCUGCAGUUCAGUUGCGGGAACAACGGAUCAGGCGUUGAUAUAGAUGAGAGUCGGCGACCAAAGGAUUCACCUUCGAAUUCGCCACCGCGUUGGAGCUUCGCCGAACGGGAGCAAAAGAUUCCGGCGAGUGCACCAUUGGGAGAUCCGCCAGGAUUGGGAGGGAUGAAACGGUUCGCGUCUGGUAGGAAAUCGGAAUCGUGGGCCAGGAGUGAUUUGGAUUCCGACGAAGACUCGGUGGUGGAAUCUGACGCAACGGAUCAUCAGCAGCACAGUAUAUGGCGUCGUCGGGCUGUGGACCCACCGAAGAAAAUCGAUUCCUUACGCGAUUGGGAAUGUGAGGGUCCCGCUUCGGUGUGAUUUACAAACAAAAGUUGAAACAACGAUAGAUUUA